AGAUGGAAAAAUAGGAGAAGCUUAGCGCCACUAAAGAAUUCCUCUAUAUAAGUAGGGUUUGCAUUGUGAAGUAAACACAACAACUAACUAAUUUCAAUUUUCACAUUUCAAUCAAAAUCAAAAUCAAAAUCAUCAAUCAAUGGCUCCAAUCACAGUAGGAGAUGUGAUUCCAGAUGGCACUUUGGCUUAUCUUGAUGAUAACAACACACCUCAAACCGUUUCCAUUCAUUCCCUUUCUGCUGGCAAAAAAGUCAUCAUCUUUGGUGUUCCUGGUGCCUUCACCCCCACAUGCAGCUUGAAGCAUGUGCCUGGCUUCAUUGAGAGAGCAGAAGAGCUGAAAGGAAAGGGUGUUGCUGAAAUCAUCUGUAUCAGUGUGAAUGAUCCAUUUGUGAUGAACUCAUGGGCCAAAACAUUCCCUGAGAACAAGGAUGUGAAGUUCCUUGCCGAUGGUUCGGCCACCUACACACAUGCUCUCGGGUUGGAACUUGACCUCAACGACAAGGGCCUCGGCACUCGCUCUAAGAGGUUCGCUCUCCUUGUUGAAGACUUGAAGGUGGUGGUUGCAAAUGUUGAAGGUGGAGGAGAAUUCACAAUCUCCAGUGCUGAAGAUAUCAUCAAGGCUCUUUGAAUGUGUUUUGAUGAGUCUUUUGAAUCCAGAACCUAAUGAACACAUUUUAUGUAUAAUGUUGUGUCUUUAGGAAAGAACAUGAUAUGGUGCAUAUUUUGGAAAUAAAAUUGCUUGUUUCAAAUAUUU